AUGAAAUUGGCUCUACUACUCGUGGCCAUGGCCGCAACCUCACUCGCGGCCCGGCCCGGGCCCGUGGGCUAUUGGGGCAAUUACAUGCCACCUGUAGGCGGGUAUGGUGGCGGUUCUAAUUACAUGCCACCUGGAGGCGGGUAUGGUGGCGACAUGCCACCUGGAGGCGGGUACGGUGGCGGUUCUUACAUGCCACCUGGCGGUGGUUAUCAGGGGCCAUCUGGAUCAGGGUAUGGGUACGGGUACGGGUCUGGUGGCAAUUAUCCGGGGACACCUGGAUCCGGGUAUAGGUACGGGUACGGAGCUACUGUUACGUGCCCUAGCAAGUGUCAUAAGACUCCGAACAAGACUGAGCAGAACUCGGCCGGGUAG